AUGACCAAGCUUACACACAAGAACAAUCCAAUACAUAAAACUCCCAACGAACUGCUGUAUGAACAUACUAAUAUUACACCUAUUUUGAAACGCAUUGGCAGAGUUUUGCUCCAGACCGUUUGCAUGUUAAAAGACGGAGAAUUGGCUAAAUAUAAGUAUUUAGGAACUAUGCUUGAAUCCGAGACCAUCCUCACAUUUAUACCUGUUACUAUAUGCUUUGAUUUGUGCACGGGAUACAACGAAGGUAUUAUAUCCCAAUGGUACCAUUUUCUCAUCAUAUCUAUGAGAUAUAUUAUUGGUGGCAUAAUAGUAGGAGUUAUAAUGGGUAAAUGUACUGCAGUUUUAAUGUGUUGGUUAUACAACGAACCACUUGGUGCUUUGAGCGUUUCAAUUGGUAUGACCUUUCUCACGUAUUACCUUUGCGUUUUCGUUCUGUCAUUCUCUGGUAUUUUGGCUGUGGUCUGUGUUGUUUGUUUCAUUGCUGUUGAAAAGCACAGAUUCUCUUCAGAAGUGGAUUGUUGUAUAUUUAGUUUUUGGGGAACUCUUAAUUACAUCAUCGAAAUUGCGAUUAUCAUGAAUUGUACGACUGAGAUCGUGGUGCAUAUUAGUAAAAUUUUUGAUAUCCGUGAAGUGUAUGGUACAAUUAUCACGUAUUUUGCUGCAAACAUUACAAGAUUUUUCUCGUUUCUUUUACUUGGAUUGUUGUUAAACCGAUUGUCUUACGAUGUCAACUUAAGAUGUUUGAUGGUUCUGGGAUGGAGCGGCGUGAAAGGAAAUAUGAAUCUUCUGCUUAUUUUGCUGUUACUCACCGAUGAACAUACCAAUGUUAUGGCACAAGAAUUUAUAUUGGAAGUAAUGGUGUUUACUUUUCUUUCGCUGUGUAUAAACAGUACAUCCAUGAAGAUGACCCUAAAACUUAUUGGAUUAUCCGAGCUUUCGACGGCGCGUCGAACUAACAUGAACAAUUGCAUGAAAUUUAUUAUGGAAAAAAGAAUUUGCAUCAUAAACAUAUUGAAAUUGAAUAGGUACCUAUCAGACGCAAAUUGGUCGUUGGUUAGGUUAGAAACGAUCAUGAAGCAUCCUUACAAGCUAAAAGUAACUGAUGAUGUGGAUGAGGAUGACGAGUUCAUGUGGAAUUCUCGUAACAUGAUUUGUCCCGACUGUCUUAAAGAAGUUCCUCUGGAAAUAUCAGAAAAAGAAAUGGAAGAAAUGCUUAAAGAUGCGCAAGUUAAAAUUUUGAAAGCAAAGAAAGUGUCUGUCAUCAAGCAAUACGAGAAAGGAACAAUCAAUAAGAAUUGUUUACAAGUGUUGGCAAAUUCGCUAGAAAUUAUGAUUGAAUCAAAUCCUAAAAGCAAUUCAUUGGAGCUUAGAGGAUUUUUGCGGCAGAACGCUGUUGUUAACUGCUGCGAUGAAAUUAUAGAUAUAAUAUCGCAAUUAAUUGAAGUACGUUUGAUUCGUGAUAUUCUUUUGAAACAAGUACACGAUGAGAAACAUACUUUGAUCAAAGAGAUGGAACAAGUUCAGAAGGAACGACCUUGGAUUGCAAUCACUGUGAAAACUAAACAAGCUAUCCGGACAACUCUGAAUGCCAUGGAAGAGGCUCUAAAUGAACUAAAGUUUUCUGGUUUCGUUGAUAAUAUAGAGUACGCUUUAAUUUACAAGGAAAUCUUCGAAAAACAGAAAGUUUUGAGAAACAUGAAAUUUGUUCAGCCUAGUCCACCUAAAGUCAUUUUCAAUGAAGUUCCAUGGAUGGCCGAAGACGCUGAAAUUAUCGAAUUUUUGUAUAAUCAUGUUCAAACGGUAUCUUGGGAUGUUGGUGAAAUUGUUUGUAAAGAUGGUAACUUUUCUGCAGGAGUUUACAUAGUAGUUACAGGUUUAUUACGAUUGAAAUACACACCAAAAGAUCAAACUUUAGAAAAAUCUCAUGACUUCGGAAAAAUACCAAUUAUUGAUUAUUUGUCUACAUUGAAAUUUGAUACCAAAUUGGAUGAUAAUAUAAUGUCGGGAAAUAGUAUUGGAGAACUGAGCGUUUUGACUGGUAGACCUUACGAUUGCACAAUAGUAACUGAUUCACCAAGUCAAGCUUAUUUACUUACAUCAGAGGUGAUCAAAGAAGCAAUGAAGAUUAAUAGUGAUCCAGUAAAAGGAUUGGAAGCGCGAAUGUGGAAGUGCACUACAAUUAAUUUGGCUGUAGCAGUUCUUAUGGAUAUCCCUUUGUAUCAAUCUUUUACACAAGAACAAAUCAAGUUUAAAUUGGAAAGAGCUUUCAUGCCUAAUUUGCGUUGCUACAAAAUGUUUAUUAUAACAGAAAUGAUGGAUGAUAUCAUAUUAUUAGAAGGGGUUGCUUCGGAUUAUAAUAGCGGCGACUUGUUCGUAGCUCCAAUGCUAAUUCCCAGAACAAUUCAAAAAUUGAUAUUGCCUAGAAGCAGUUAUUUGACAUUGGAAGAACCCGUGGAGACAAGAUUGUUAAUUAUACCUAUGGGCGAUGCUAAGGAAUACGAGAUAAUGGAAUACGAAGAGGAAAUUGCAGAAUUGGUUUCCGUGGUAUCGAGCAGUUGUUUACUGCAUGCUUCACAAGAUCAGCCUAAGAAGAAAAAGAAGAGCAAGAGAAGAAUCCAUAAAGAUUCUCGUAUGCUUACCAAGGAAUCCGAUGAAAGUUUAUACCAAUCGAGUAACGUUAAGUUUGAAAUCUUAGAUGAUGUUAAAAUGUCUUUCCGUAUAAGCUCCGCUAACAGUAAGUUGAAGAAAGAAAGAGAAAACAGUUGGUGGAUAAAUUAA